CUUAGGUCUACCUGUGCAGUCAUUCAUGUCAACUGAAACCGAAACUGAAACUUAGGGGUGUUUGUGUUAAAUUUAUUUCUAAGAAGGAAAUGUAUAAACUCAAAAUUUUGUUUCAACAUGACUAGUAUAGUGAAACAUCGAGCUGCAAUCGCUCUCAUCGUUGCUAUAGUGUUAAACUUUUCCGAUUGUGAUUACUGUCCAGUAAGUGCUCCCACAGUGUCAGUGGUAUCUAAAUGUCCCACAACAAAGACAGAAUGGGAUCAGGCGGCUAGCAGAAAAAAGUGUUCUCACAUGUCAGCAAAAUGUGGGACUAAAUCACCUGUUUAUCAUUGUCUAUUAAAUCAGUGGAGAAAUGAAACAGUAGAAGUGUGUGCGUCUAAUUGGUAUAUAUCAGGAUUCUGUGCAAUCUAUAACACCGAGGAGAUGAAAGUUAUCGACGAUUUUGAUAGAGACUGCACAAACUUAACUGGUGGCCCUUGCCCUACACGAUACAUUUCUACAGAUGCAUAUAUGUAUCAAGGGUGCUACGGAAAGCGAAAUACCAGCACAUCAUUGCCAUCAACAGAAAAACAAGUUCAUGUGUCGACAGACUGCACGUUGCCGGCUGCUUUAAUUGCUAUAAUAAUCGUUCUUUCCCUCCUUUCACUUAUUCUAUCACUGUUAUUAGUCCUCACAUGCCAGGGGAAAAUUUCAAAACCAGGUAACAUAGGCAACUCCAGAACUCCAGAAGGUAAGGAUUACGUUUACUCAGGGGGCUAAAAUAUUCAACUGAUAGGAAAGAAAAAAUACUCAUUGUACAUUUUAGCCCUGCUACUUUGGUGCUAUUUUUCACUU